AUGGGUCUUUACGAAUCAGUUGAGGAGAUACCACCUGAUUUUUUUAAUGAUUUACUUGCCACUGACAUUAAAAUCAAUGAUCCUAUUGUUAAGGCCAUCUUAUCAUCAAGACUAUUGACCCAUAAUAGUUUAGAAAAUAAUAUUUUAACAAAAGUAGCUCAAACGAAACCAAAUAAUGUACGAGUAUUAGUUUAUCAAGCAGUAUUUUCGAUAAAUAGAAUAUCGCAGAUACAAUAUCAAACAGAAAUUCCCCAAGCUUUACUAAUUUCAUGUUAUAAUGCUCUUUUAGUUUUACAACGCUUUUGUUCAUCUGUAGUAACUAAAUGGCAUACAUGGCCUUCUCCAUCAACAAUGUCAUCUACAGUUCCAACCGUAUUAUUUGAUUCCUCAAUAACAAUCCUCGGCCAUCCUCAAAUACAAAAUGCUACGGAAUCUACUCUUCAAGGACAUAUCCGUCUUGAGAUAUUUUCAACAAUUUUGAUGUAUUUAUUAUCACCAAAUCAAGAAAUCUACGAAACAUAUCCAAAUCAUCAUUUUUAUGCUCUCAACAUGUCGAAUCCUUUACCAAUUAUUAACAUUGUUCUUAAUAUAAAGAAAUACAGCUCAAAUUUUGCCAGAAUUUGUUUAAUUUUAUGCUCUACCGGUUUAGGUUUUUGUAAUUCAUGGUCAGAACUACUUUCAGACUUUCAUUUCUCAUCUAUUUUUCCUAUUUUCGAUUCAUUACUUACAGCUCCAACAGAAUCACAAUUAUCUUUAUCAAAUAGUCAAAAUCCAGGCAUUUAUUUAGAGUUAUUUGCCUUAUUCUAUCAAAUACUAUUAUUGCCAUACGAUAUUUUUGAGUCUUUACCUAAAGGAAGGCAAUUUGUUGUUUCUGUUUUAUUACCUUUGCAACAAUUCAAUGAAAAGAACUCUUUGACAUAUUUCCAUUCCCUUGCGUUGAGUACAUUAGUUCUAUUGACAUCAGAUCCCGCUCUUUCUGCUUCUUUGAAUGAACCUUUCACUGGAACUUUCGCAUGUAAAAGUUCAGUUCAUAGAGGAACAUAUGCUGAUUUAUUAGUUGAAAUAAUAACGAAUACAACAGGUUCUGACUUAUCAAGAACUGCACCUCUUUUACCAGCAGUUGCCUGCAUUAUUCACAAUAUAUCAGCACAUGUCAAAUCUUUUUCAUUUUUCACAUCAAACAGACUAUUUAUAUUUUUGAAUCAGCUCAUAGAAAGUGGUGAUCGACAAGCUCCUAAACUUGUUCAAAUUGUCAUUGAUGGAAUAAACCAAAUAAUAUCAGAACAGUUUGAAAAUAACACGACAAUAUUGAUGUUCGUCGUAAAGAACCAAAACACUUUCAAAAUUCUGAAACAAAAAGGUUUGAAUGUGAAAUAUAUUUUGGAUUUCAUUGCAGCUUUCAAACACAAAGUAAAACAAAAUGGAAUUGUGAAAUUGGGAACUGAUGAAGCAGAAAAAAUACUGAAGUCAAUGAGUCCGAAACAGUUCAUGGAUGGUUAUGAACCUCCUGGACCGAGAGGACAUGUAUUCACAGGAGAAAUGGCGGAACUGUGGACAGAUUGGAUGAGAACUUUGGCAAUGAGAGGAGAUUCAAAAAAUUCAAUGAAAGUUGAAUGA